AUGUUGCGCCAGACGAUUCCUACUCUCUCAUUUGUUCAUUUAUUCCAAACUAAGAUAAUCUAUUCGGUGUUGACAUAUCCAUACAUAGACUUUUUUCUUUUUAUAUCUAUUCAUCCAGUCUCUUAUUUCUUUUUUCUUUGCCCGCUUUCUAUCUUUCUUUCUUUGUUUCUUUCUUUCUUUAUUCAUUUGUCUUUCAUCCGUUCUUUCUUUCUUUAUUUUUUUUCUUCUUUCUUUUUUUAUCCUAGGUUCUUUUGUUCUAUUUCAUUAUUUCCUUUAUUAUUUCUGUCAUACUGUUUUUCUUUCUUUCUUUUUUCUUUCUUUCUUUCUUUCUUUGUCCGUUUUCUUUCUUUCUUUUUUCUUUCUUUCGUUCGUUCGUUCUUUCUUUCGUGUUUCUUUCUUUCGUUUGGUCUUUUUUGUCUUUCUUUCUUUCUUUCUUCGGUUCAUAUUUCGUUCUUUCUUUCGUUCUCACUUUCUUUCGUACUUUAUUUAUUCUUUCUUUCUUUCUUUUUUUCUUUCUUUCUUUCUUCUAGGUUCUUAGUUUUGUUUUCUUUCAUUAUUUCCGUUCUUAUUUCUCUCAUACUCUUCUUUACAUAUUUUUUCUUUCUUUGUCUGUUUUCUUUCUUUCUUUUUUCUUUCUUUCUUCCGCUGUUUCUUUCUUUCUCUCUUUCUUUCGCUGUUUCUUUCUUUCUCUCUUUCUUUCGUUCUUUUAUUUAUUUAUUCUUUCUUUCUUUCUUUCUUUCUUUCUUUCUUUCUUUCUUCUAG